GCCAUCCCCGCCAAACAAAGGGAAGCGAUCGACGAUGGCAGCGGAGGGGUCUUCAUCGGCGGAGCUCGAGGAGGAGUUCUAUGGCGCGGCGUCUGGAUGGGUGGAGGCUCGAUCGUCCUGCGAUCAUCUCUCGUCCUUGUCUUCCGAUCUCUCUCACAUCCCUCCCCCUGAUUCCCCGUGUUCCAGAUGUCACCACCCUGCCGAAAACUGGGUGUGCUUGAGUUGCAAAGAUGUUCUGUGCAGCCGCUUUAUCAACAAGCACAUGGUCGGUCAUCAUCAAGAAACUGGACACUGUCUUGCAUUAAGCUUCAGUGAUUUAUCAGUUUGGUGUUUUGCCUGUGAAGCAUAUCUGGAUGUGCAGAAGAUUUGGCAGCUGCGGGAUGUGUAUGAAACCGCUCAUCUUCUGAAAUUCGGUCAGAGGCCUCCUUUUAUAACAAUAGAAUUUGAGCAACUUAAUAACACUCAAAAUGAGGGUUCAUCUCCGGGCUCUUAGUUCUUGAAAUUUAGGUUUUUUGUGUGUUCAACCUUUUGGUUGCAUCCGCAUCAGGGCCCUCUCCACUGAUACUUCCUUGACGCCAUGCAACAGUUAUGGAUUUCACCAACCAUAAUAAAUGUCUGUUUAAGAGCAUUGAAUUUUAUGAGCUCAAAUUUCAGUCAUAUCUACAUGAUAAUUGAACCUUGAACUGCUAAUAAUCUUUUUUUGUUUGGACAAUCACAACAAAAGCAAGUUGUUUUAGCGCACAUUGAUUAUUUUGUGCUUGUAAACUGCACUGUCAAAGUAUGUUCAUAAGAGGUUUUCAGAGCAUUAAUGAUUUCUUAAUUUAUAUAUAAACAUAUACAGAAAGUGAACUCUUUGAACGGUCAUGUCAUGUCUAUCCCACUCAAGAAACGUGCUUUACCGAAAGGGAAAAAAAUAAUAAAAAUAUCAGUGAUAGGACCCCAGCAAAAUCAACUUCUUAUCAGUCACCAGCCAACCAAUCACCAAACAACUCUCCAUCAAUUCACCAACCAAAUUCAAACAAAUGGCAACACCCAAAACACUCACAAGUUAAAAAGAAA